UACAUGUAUAUAUUUAUAUUUUAUUCUGUUUAUCCGCUUUUCUCUUUCAGUUCCUGUAUCAGCUGUCACUACUGUAGAGGUGGAGUUUAAUCAGACUGCUGCUCUGCCCUGUGAUUGGAGAUGUUCUGAUCAGGUCACAUGGUCUCUGUUCACUAACCCAGGUUAUGUAGUGGCUUGGUGUGAUCAGACAUCCUGCAAGUCAGCAGAAGGAUUUAACAUCUCCCAUGAUCAGUAUCUGAAGGGAGAUCUGACCCUCACCAUCACUACAGCUGAUGACAGUAAGAGGAACAUGUACACGUGUCAGUGUGAUGGCAAAGACAUUAAUGAUGUGCGUCUCAGCAUCAAGCCCAUCAAUUCAUCAGAUCCGGUGAAUCCUGGUGAAGAUCUACAGCUGAAUUUGCACAUAUCAGACCAAGUGGAGGUGAUCUUUAAACACAGAGAUUCAGCAGAUCCACAUGGUGUACAGAUCUGCAGUGUGUAUAAAAGAUCACUAAACUGUACAGCUGAAUACAGACAGAGAACAUCACUAAAUAACACACUUCUUACACUGAGAGAAGUAAAGAGGACUGAUGAUGGAGUUUACAUCAUCAGAGACAUGAAGUAUAACGAGAACCUUCAUAUUUACUCAGUAACAGUAAGAGUUCCUGUAUCAGCUGUCACUACUGUAAAGGUGGGGUUUAAUCAGACUGCUGCUCUGCCCUGUAAUCAGACGUGUUCUCGUCAGGUCACAUGGACUCCAUUUAAUAACCCAGGUUAUGUAGUGGCUCAGUGUGAUCAGACAUCCUGCAGGUCAGCAGAAGGAUUUAACAUCUCCCAUGAUCAGUAUCUGAAGGGAGAUCUGACCCUCACCAUCACUGUAGCUAAUGACAGUAAGAGGAACAUAUACACGUGUCAGUGUGAUGGAACAGACAUUAAUGAUGUGCGUCUCAGCAUCGAGUCCAUCAAUUCAUCAGAUCAGAUGAAUCCUGGUGAAGAUCUACAGCUGAAUUUGCACAUAUCAGACCAAGUGGAGGUGAUCUUUAAACACAGAGAUUCAGCAGAUCCACAUGGUGUACAGAUCUGCAGUGUGUAUAAAAGAUCACUAAACUGUACAGCUGAAUACACACAGAGAACAUCACUCACUAACACACUUCUUACACUGAGAGGAGUAAAGAGGACUGAUGAUGGAGUUUACAUCAUCAGAGACACAAAGUAUAACGAGAACCUUCAUAUUUACUCAGUAACAGUAAGAGAUCAGAACAAAGAUCAGGAGUCUGCUCUACCAGUGUGGGCGAUCAUCCUGAUAGUGGUGGUGGUGGUGGUGGUGGUGGUGCUUCUGGUUGCUACACUGAUUGUGUUAAUCCUGAACCGGAGGACAAAACCUAUCCGAAAAGCAUAUAAAUGA